AUGUUUAUCGUAAAGAGUAACAUAUCCCAUGACAGUAUGCUGGAUUUGCCAAUAAAAAGAGACCAUAUGAAGAUAACAAAUUUUUUGAUUAAAGUAAUUGUCGUGAUUAAUGCAUUAAGUCUCUUGCUCAAUAUAAUCUUAUCUAUAAAGCUUUAUAAUUGCUCUUAUAAUAUUACAGCCUUCUUGUUAAUUUGGGCACAAACAUGCUUAUGGGCCUAUAUAGCAAUCCUAAAUAUAUAUGACCAAAAAUAUUUUUUUUCGGUAUCAUCAUUAUUAGGAUUCAACUUAUAUACACAAUGCUAUUCUAGCUAUGGUAAAUUAUUCCUUCCAGAAGAUAUUCAAGAGUACCAAUUUAUGUCUAUAGCUCUUUCGCAUUUCCCCAUUCUAUAUAUUUGUUAUGACAUUGUUAUAUUUCAAUAUGAUAGCAUUUUUAUGAAAAGUACGUUAAAUUAUCCCUCUAAGGACACAUCGCUAUUAGUAUUUCAUCUGUUUAGAGGAAUAUUUUGCUCCAUAUUUAUAGCUACAAUUUUUAUAAUUUCAAUGAUCCUAAAUUUACAAAACGUGUUUAUAACGUAUCCAAUAUCAAGGCUUACUAAUAAAAAAACACAAAAAUAUCUUUUAUACAUAUUCAUAUUUUAUCUGAUUGACUCCCAAUUAAGAAUAAUAACAUUCCUGUUUAUAAUAGAAACAUACGAUGCCAACCCAUUCAAAAUAUUCGUUUUUAUAUUUUCACAGAUUAUGACAAUAUGUGUUUGUAUUGCUUUUGACACUCGAAUUUUUAAAAAUAUAAUUGUUGGAAUAUCAUCAAUUUUAUGUUCUCCUUUAUGUAUUAUAUUACAUUCAGCAAAUAGAAAUUAUAAUAAUGAAAGAGUCAUUAGACUUAGCAAGUUGCUAAUAAAUUUUCGUUUUUUUGAGUUUUUUUUAAUACUUUUUUAUGGGUCCUUAUAUUACGAUGAUACAGAAAUAGGAAGCUUGUCUAUUUUAUAUAUUCAGUUAAUUAGCUUAAUACUACUAUUUUUUCAUAUAAUUACGUAUAAAAAAAUUAUUUUAUAUAAAAGAGUAUUUGAUGUAUCGAAUGAUGGAUUAAAUGCAGAUUUGUAUAACAACAUGAGCGAUGAUUAG